AGCCUGCGGUGCUGCUGUUCCUCACUGCUGGGGCACCUCGCCAGCCGCUCCACACCCUGGUGCCCACAACAACGCUCCUGGCCCCCAACUGUCACAGCCGGCCGCUAGGCCUUGGAUGCGAUGCAGGCCAUCAAGUGUGUGGUGGUGGGCGAUGGAGCCGUGGGCAAGACCUGCCUCCUCAUCAGCUAUACCACCAACGCCUUUCCUGGAGAAUACAUCCCUACUGUAUUUGACAACUAUUCAGCAAAUGUGAUGGUGGACAGCAAACCUGUGAACCUGGGGCUGUGGGACACAGCCGGCCAGGAGGACUAUGACCGCCUCCGGCCCCUCUCCUACCCACAGACGGACGUCUUCCUCAUCUGCUUCUCCCUUGUCAGCCCAGCCUCCUAUGAGAACGUCCGUGCCAAGUGGUUCCCGGAGGUGCGACACCACUGCCCCAGUACCCCCAUCAUCCUGGUGGGCACCAAGCUGGACCUGAGGGAUGACAAGGAAACCAUUGAGAGGCUGAAGGAGAAGAAGCUGGCGCCUAUCACCUACCCACAGGGCCUAGCACUGGCCAAGGAGAUUGACUCCGUGAAGUACCUAGAGUGCUCCGCGCUCACUCAGCGAGGCCUGAAGACUGUCUUCGAUGAGGCCAUCCGGGCUGUCCUGUGUCCACAGCCUACACGGCAGCAGAAACACCCUUGCAGCCUGCUGUAGGGGUCUCACCUAAGCCCUCUCACUUGGAUGGUCCUGACCUUCCAGGGUCCCCACCAAACCCUGAUGACGUCACAGCAGGCCUUGUUAUCCCCUCUUUGUGGUGUAUCUUCCCAGACAGCUGAAGAACUCCCUGUGUCCCCAGUGGAGUUCCCCUGGAUGGACCACAUCCUAAACAGCAUGCUCCUGUGUUCCCAGGGACCAGAGGCGAGUCCCAGCGAGCCCCGUGUCACAUGGCAGUGUACACCCACCUGCUCCAGGCCUGCCCCAUUUCUCUCUGGCAGCUUCUGGGCUCCAUGGUCAACUACCACUCAUGUCUACAGGAACCAACUCUUGCUUCAGUCCCCUUGGUCCCACUUAUAGGAAUUAUCUCCUUCCCUGAGCAAACAGGAGAUACACAGAAAUUUGUUCCUCUGGUGUUAGCUCUCCUUUCUCAGAACAACGUAAAUCUGUAUAAAUCUUUGUAUCUGCCCAGCCAAGUGAGGGAGCCUGGACUCAGCUCACUCCUGCCAACUCUCAAGACUUCCUACUCUACUCAAAGGGCCCUGGCCCUGUCUGUCUGUCCCAUCUGCUAAUCAGGACCUGUGCUACUGCAAACAGAAAACUCAGCUCUCCUGCUCAAGCAGAAAUAAA